CAACAUCAGGAACUCGUCCUGACGUUUAAAACCGCCCCUCUCCUCGCUUUCCAGACUCGGCGGUCCCUCCGCACCUGGUAACUCAUCAUGUUGCCUUCAUCAGUGCGCCGCGUCGUCGCCUCCGCCGUCUCGACCCCUCAGACCGGUGUUGUGUCGUCCCUUGCCUCAGCCACUCUCAAGACUACUCCUGUCUUUGUUCGAAAUCACCAGCGACGAUGCUCCUCCUCGAAACCCUCCAAAUCUGAUAACGGUCCCAACGACAUCUCAGCCGGCCAGUCGGUUCCUGCUACUACAACGCCCAAGUCGGGCGGCGAGAAGCGAAAACGCAAGAGCAACAAGGAUGCCUCCGAUCGAGCUGCUUCUAUGAAGAAGCUGCCCAGCGUCCCCAGCACGCAUCACAUGUCACAAGAAGCCCUUGGUCUAUCAAGUUUCUUCUCACUACACAGACCGAUCUCUGUCACCCAAACUAUGCCCCGAGCCGUGACCGAUGAGCACUUUGCCUCCAUCUUUGCUGCACGAAGCAGAAAUAACAAGCUGGCCGACACCGAAUCGACACUCUCCAGUACUAUCGAACAGUUGGAGGGUCCUAUGGCCCAGAUGACCAUUGGUGGACAGGAGGGACAGGAGGUUAUGCACAAGGUUGAUAUCAAGAACCCCGAUGGUACCGAGUCGAGCAUGUACCUCCAGAUCGACACCAUGUCUGGCGAAUUUCUCCCCUUUCGACCUCCUCCUUUGCCACAAGUCGAGGCCGCUGGCAAGUCAGAGAGUGAUGUUGCGGAAGCGGAAGCCGUGGAGGACGUUCCUCAGCACCGUGUCUACAAGGCUCUCUUUACUAUCGAGGAGUCCACCGACCCCGAUGGUCAGAUCCGCAUCAUGGCUCACAGCCCUCGAAUUAUGCAAGAUCAACCGCGAAGCUUUCUCGAGCGCCUGGCCCUUCGCCAACUCAAAUUUGACGAGGCCCAAGGCCGCCGAGAUAUGCAUGCCAUCAGUGUGAAGCGACAACGGAAGCUCAAGAUGAAGAAGAAGAAGUACAAGAAGUUGAUGAAGAGGACGCGAGUCCUGCGCCGCAAGUUGGAUCGAACUUAGACAUGCGUACAUAUUCCCCUAACCGUCCGAGUCCUCUUUUCGAACUUCCCCCUAUCUCGCAUAUGGGAUUUUCAAAGGACAUGUUUUCAUUCGUGGUGUCUGGGCAUGAUGGUGAUGAUUUCUCUACAAGUUUGGACUGGCAUUGCGAUCCGAGACUUUUCAUAUUUACAUAGACUCGCGCAUAAAAUCAUCAUUCUGACUGAGUCGAGAUACUUUUC